GCCUCUCGACUGGUCCCCAUGGAUCGUCUUCGCGAGCUGUGGCUUCUGCUCCGCUCGGUGGUCGCCCUCCCCCUCCCUCGACGGCAUGGAGCCGUAGGAUGGAUCGGGAGCGCAUGGCCAAGGAGAUCAAACUUCACCUAUUCUGCCCAUCGCAAAGCGAGGAUUCCCGUGAACUAGACAUUGCUGCUAAUCAAUUGGAGCAAGCUAUGGCGAGAAUUCCAGCGAAUUUGAGAUUCCCGAGUGCUCAGGAUAAGGGAGAAGAACCAAAGCGCCCAAACAGGGGAGAAGCUGGAUUUGAAUCUCCAGGGGUAGACUUGGAAAAAGAAAAUCAGCCUGGAGACCACGGUAUUGGGCUCACCCACGAAGCGAUCCAUGCACAUUCGUGGCGACCUUCUGGCCCAAAGUACAUUUGGAUCUCGAGGGCAAGUGCUCUGGAAGGGAUAGGGUACCCAGCGAGUCGACUGGAGAUUCAGAAAUUUGGGUGGAAGGCUCGGAAGGUUCACAGGAUUGUGGCGGCGCCGUUGGUCCAGAGCUUCGCGGACGCCGUUGGAGGCAGGGAGGAGAUGGCUCGCCGUCCUCCCCCUCCGCCGGAGCGUCAGAUGAAGCGGAGGGCUGGGUUUGAGGAGUGGAUGGAGGAAGAUGACCUCCUCGAUUCAGGGUACCCAGAGCGGGACCUGACCUGCGCCACAAGCUUCAACGGGGCGGCGGCAAUCGAUCAGAAAUGGUGGAGACUGUUGAAACCUGCUGAUCAAGAGAAGCUUUCCAAUGCUGCUGACACAAUGCGGGGCUGGUUGCAAGGCUACAAUCCCAUUUCUGCUGUGGCGACGGAUAUCAUGGAACUCUAGUGGAAAGAGUCCCUAGCUUUCUUGUUUUUGCUCUGUUUUGACCAACAAACUUUACUGAUUGUGCUCUCAAGUCUGCACCGUACUUCUUAUUGCUUUCAAUAUAAGCCGAGUGAUCUCUUUCAAAAAAAA